AAUAGAAAUGCGUCUUCGUAUUAAAUUAUCCCCAACUUUAUCUUCACACACAGAAGCUGUAAAUGGUGUUGAUUGGUUAAAUACAGAUGAGGGCAUAACUAUAUCAGAUGACCAUUUAAUUAAACUAUGGAUUAUGGACAAAAUGGAAUCAAUGGAUUUGUCUAUAGUUAAUGUUAAAGAAAAAAUUUUUCCAACUUCUCUUCAAUUAUCUAAUCAUUCUUUACGUGAAACAACCUCUAAACAAACAAACAAUCCUUUAAAACAGGGCUCCGAUUCGUACUUUUUUAAAAGUAUUUGGCAUUUUGUCGAUCGGAGCCCUGCUUUAAAAUCAUCAAACACAAAAAUAUCAACUUCAAAAAAUUUUUCUGAAAUAUUUUUGGUUACAACUUCUGAUGGAAAAAUUUAUUUAUUAAAUUUAAAUGGAAAAUUAGAAAAAAUAGUUGAUGCCCAUCAUGGAGCUACAAUUAUGGCCCGUUGGAAUAAUUCAGAGCCUGGGGGUGCUGGGGGGUUUGCAAGUUGUGGAGAAGAUGGUUGUGUAAAAAUUUGGUCUAAAAAUGGAAUGCUUCGUUCUGUUCUUGCACAAAUUGGAAAACCUAUAUAUUCCCUUGAUUGGAAUGGAGAUUGUAGUAAAUUGGUAUAUUGUGCUGGAGAUGAAUGUUUUAUUAAACAAUUGAAUGUACAGAGUUCACCCAUCAAAUGGAGAGCACAUACCGGACUUGUUACUUGUUUAAGUUGGAGUGCUGUUAAUGAUCAGAUUCUGACCGGCGGAGAGGAUUGUCGCUAUAGGCUAUGGAAUGGACAAGGCCGCCCUUUAUGGUCAUCUGCUGCUUAUGCUUUCCCAAUAUCCUCUGUAGCUUGGAGUCAUAAUGGAACAAUGUUUGCUGUUGGAUCCUUUAAUUUAUUGAGACUUUGUGAUAAAUCUGGGUUAAUUGGAGGUACUGCUAGUGGACAAUUAUUACAUGCACAUAUUGUUGAAAAACGUUUAAUUUGGGAACAACUUGAGGCUAUACAAAUAAAUAGAAGAACAAUAAACAUUCGUGAUUUAAGUUCAGAAGUUGUUCGAGAACGUUUAGAAACAAAAGACAGAAUUAUAAAAAUGGAAAUUGGAUUUAAUUAUUUGAUUGUUGCUACAUCUAAACAAUUAUAUAUUUUUAGGUAUUUUUAUUUAAAUUAUACAAAGGUAUUUUAUAAUUUUAGUGCUAAAAAUUGGAAUACUCCAAUUGUUAAUGAUCUUCGUGAAGGUUCUGGAUUAGUUUCCUUGAUUCGUUUAUGCGAAAAAUGUUUUUUACUUGUUGAUUCUUCAUCUGUACAAGUUUUAAAUUAUGAAGGCAAAUCAAUUUGUAAUAUAAAAAUUUCUUCUUUUGGAGAACCAUUUAAUGAACAAACAGCAUCUAUAGCUAAUGAUUUAGUUGUUUUGAGAGAUAAAACCCAACAUUCAUUAAUUCAUUUAUUUGACCCUCAAAAUGGAAGAGUUGCGGGUGAUGGGGAAAUUAAACAUUUAUCAAAUAUUGUUGAAUUAUGUGUUAAUCAAUGUGGAGGUAUUGUUGAUAGAAGGAUAAUAUUUUUGGAUAUAAAUGGAGAUUGCUUUAUUGCUUUAGUAAAUCGUUAUGGAGCACCUGAAAGAAUUCAGAAAAUUGGUGGUUUUAUUGGAAAUAUAAUAACAAUUAGAAGGGCAGAUGGAAGUUUAUUUAUUUAUUAUAUUCCUCCACUUAUUACAGCUUUAAUUAAUUCCACUCAACACCAUCAAUGGGAAAAAGCUUUGAGGAUUUGUAAUUCUGCUAAAGAGGAAUUUCUUUGGGCAACAUUAGCUGGAUUAGCACUAGGAGAAAAGUCAUUUACAAUUGCAGAAAUAUGUUAUGGACAAUUAAAAGAAGUUUGUAGUAAAAGAAAAAUUAAUUAA